AGGUGUCGAGAAGGCUUUCUUGGAGACUACUGUCAGUACAGAAACCCCUGUGAAAGCAAUACCUGCAAGAAUGGGGGAACUUGUGAAACUGCGUCUCUGAUAGGAAAGGCUACCUGCAAAUGUGCUCCGGGGUUCACAGGAGAGGAUUGUCAGUAUUCAGAAUCGCACCUCUGCUACAUGUCCCAGCCCUGCCUGAACGGAGGAACUUGUCAUCCCCAGAGCCAGGAAACAUAUGAGUGUGUCUGUCUUCCAGGUUACACAGGGAAGGAUUGUCAGUGGAUUGAUGCCUGUACAACUCAACCUUGUGCCAAUGGAAGUACAUGUACUGUAUCUGGAAAUAAGUUCUCCUGCAUCUGUCUGCCUGGCUACACGGGCCAGAAGUGUGAAAUAGAUGUGAAUGAAUGUGCCACACCAGGCCUUUGUCAACAUGGUGGGACCUGUGUCAAUUUGCCUGGCUCAUACAGGUGCCAGUGCAAGCCAGGCUACACAGGGUAUCGCUGUGAAAGUGUAUAUGUGCCGUGUUCCCCAUCACCCUGUAUGAAUGGAGGAACUUGUCAUCAAACAAGUGACUUCGCUUUUGAGUGCAACUGUCUGCCAGGUUUCGAGGGAAGCGUCUGUGGGCACAAUGUUGAUGACUGCCCAAAUCACAACUGCCAAAAUGGGGGUAUAUGUGUGGAUGGUGUGAACACAUACAACUGCCGCUGCCCACCGCAAUGGACAG